CACACGCGCGCCCACCGUUGCCGUGCCGACACUGUUACCUACGUCUUGUGCCGAGCGGGCGGGCAGAGAGUGUGCAGCGUGUGCACUUGAACUCUCGAAGUUAUCACACACACACACACACACGUAUAUAUCUAUAUGCGCACGUACACGCACACACAUACACGCUGUUCCGCGCAGGGUGCUUGUGGUUUAGGCGGUGCAAAGGUGCGAUGCGAUGACACUGUGAUUGUACUAUAGCAAGCACGUCUGGUCACCGACGUCUCAGCUUCUCACACGCCUGGAUAAUAUCUGCGUCUGCGUGCGUGCGUGACUGCGAAGGAUACCUCGCCGUGUUAAUUAACGCAGAGAAGAGGAAGCCGCGAGCGACCCCCGGGGAGGAACCCGCGGCGGAGAGAUAGCGGGGCGUGAUUCGAGGAGGUGCUCGUGAGCCGUGAGCGCGAGGCAGGCGUGAGCGUGAACCGUGAGCCGUGUGAUAUAUACACUGCAGUGGGUCGUGCGAGAGCUGUCUCCCUCGUGAGGGAGAGUGAGAAAGCGGAAGAGAGAGAGAGAGAGAGAGAGAGACAGAGAGAGAUGUCACUGCUGGGAAUAACGCUACUGUGGUGCUAAUAACAGGCGCAUAACGGUCUUCAAUAAGGAAAGUGCGAGACAUCAUGGAUUACUGGAUACAGACUGAGACUGCCGCCUCGAAGCGGUUCGAGAUGCGAAGGGAGGAACAUAAAGACGAGCGAGAUGAAAUACAGAAGAAGACCUUCACCACUGGGGUCAACAUGCACCUCAAAAAGUGUGACUGCCGGGUGGACGAUCUGUAUGAAGACCUUAGGAAUGGACACAGUCUCAUCAUGCUCAUCCAGGUGCUGUCAGGAGACCAGCUGGUGAGUACCACACACAUGCGGCAGACUGAGACUGAUGCUGAGAUUGAGACAGAGUCAGAGGUGUAGACUGAGGCUUAGACUGAAGCCUAGCCUGAGACUGAUACCAAGAGCUAGACGAUAACCGAAGCCAAGGCCUAUGUCAGAACCAUAGAAAUAACGUGCUAGUGAGAUGUAUACUAGAUAGGCGUGUUUCUAUAUCUAUAUAUUUCUAUGGCCUGAACGAACCCAGACUAAUGCUUCUGGAGAAUAAACUCAGACCUGGGGUGAGUCUGAGAGAAGUUCAAGCUGAGACCUAAAUUGAGACUUGCACUGAGACUGAGACUGAGACUAACAUAGACUGAGAUUGAUUCUGAGACUGACAUAAACUAGGACUGAGCCCUUAUACUUGAUAUAGACUGAGACAGAGGCCCGGAUAGUUGAUGUUUGUGUAGCCAAGCUAUAGACGACGCACUAGAAUCAUGAUUUAUUGUAAUCCAAAAGCAGAUGGCCGAUCCAAA